AUGUUACUACUGCUCAUUCUGGCGUUGGCGACGCUGCUAAUCUUCGGAAACAGCCGUAAGAAGUACCAAUUCGCAAAAGAUCUACCGUCCAUCGAUCCUUGGUACCCCCUGCUCGGUAAUGGGUUGAUGUUUAUCGGUAAAAGUCCGGAGGAUAGAUUCGAAAAUUUCGUCGGAGCAUUCCAACGGACGGAUCGCCUUUUCAAGCUUUGGUUCGGACCAAAGCUGGCACUCGGAACGUGUCAUCCCGAUUUGAUUCAGCAGGUCACCAACCACCCGGAAUGCAUCGAGCGGCCUCUGUUUUUCUACAAACAGCUUCGAUUGACCAAGGGGCUGCUGGUGGCGCGACAUGCACUGUGGAAGUCGCAACGAAAAGUGUUGAAUUCAACAUUCAACUUGCGAAUCUUGCACAGUUUUAUACCGAUAUUUGUGGACUGCAGUAGGAAAUUGAUCGACCGUUUGGAGCAAGCACCGCGUGAAGACGCGAUCAACCUGUAUCAGUAUGUGUCUCAUUGCACUCUGGAGAUGGUUUGCGGGACUACUCUCGGCAUGGAAAAUCUUCGGCGUGCUUCCGGAAGCAGAUUCCUUCGGCACAUAGAAAGAGCGAUGGUCAUCAUGGGAGAUCGUAUUCUUAGCUUACAUCUGCAAAUCGAUCUUGUGUAUGUUUUCACGCCAGCUUUCUGGCGGGAAAUGUACUCCCUCAUGCUGAACCAAAGAUACGCUGCUGAAAUAAUUGAAAAACGGCGCAGGAAACUCAUGACUGAUGGUUUGCAAAAGACGGCUGAUAACGAUCAGGAUGGUUACCGUAAGCCACAAAUCUUCUUGGAUCAGAUAUUGUCUACCAAGCGUGCCGGGGAAUCAUUCGAUGAUGAUGAAAUACAGCACAACGUGAGGACAAUGAUUGCGGCUGGAAAUGACACAUCUGCUCUAGCAAUAUCCCACUGCUGUCUAUGGCUUGCUAUGUACCCGGAGAUUCAAGAACGCGUAUAUCAGGAAAUCAACGCCCUCUACGCUUCUCCUGAAGCGGAAAUCACCCCGGACGGACUGAAAAGUCUGAUCUUUACCGAAAUGUGCAUCAAGGAAACGCUUCGUCUUAGUGGUCCAGCUCCCAAUAUAGCUCGGGAAACUUUGGCUAAUGUUGAACUCGAUGGUUUGACCGUCCCGAAAGGGACGGUUAUCAUCCUGAGUCUGUACGCCAUGCAUCGAAGGCAAGAUCUUUGGGGUCCUAAGGCGGAUAUUUUUGAUCCGGAGAAUUUCAGCGAAGAUAACUGCCGGCAGCGCCCGACUGGGACGUUCAUUCCAUUUAGUUCUGGACCUCGCGAUUGCAUAGGUGGUCGGUACGCAAUGAUCAGUAUGAAGAUAAUAAUCAUCUACAUUUUGAGGAACUUCAAACUAUCGACCAAGAUUCAACCAGAACAGCUGCGGUAUAGGUUUGGACCGACUUUGAAGCUAGCAUUUGAUCAUACGAUAAGGUUGGAGAGACGGGAGGGUUAA